CCUUCAGCCCGGGACCGCCGGGAAGCCGCGCCCGGCCGGGGCGGGGGGCGGGCGGAGAUCGGAAGGGUCUCCGGCCCCCGCGAGCCGCGAGCCCCCUGCGCCCCUUGGUGCCGGGGCGGGCGGGUGGGCGAGUGGGGCACCGCGACUGGGGGAAGAGGCCAGGGGAGGGGCCGCCGCCCCCGCAGGUGACACAGGUGCGGCCUGUGCGUUCCGCCCCGCGCGUGGCAGGGCUGAGAUCUCUAAUGAUGGAGGGAAGCAGGCAGACGCGAGUGUCUCGGCCAUACAAGAUCAGCGAAUCAUCCAAGGUAUACCGCUGGGCCGACCACUCAAGCACGGUGCUGCAGCGGCUGAACGAGCAGCGACUCCGCGGCCUCUUCUGCGACAUUGUCCUGGUGGCCGAUGAGCAGCGUGUGCCAGCCCACCGCAACCUGCUGGCCGUGUGCAGCGACUACUUCAACUCCAUGUUCACCAUUGGCAUGCGGGAAGCUUUCCAGAAGGAGGUGGAGCUGAUCGGCGCCUCCUACAUCGGGCUCAAGGCCGUGGUGGACUUCCUGUACGGGGGGGAGCUGGUGCUGGAUGGUGGCAACAUUGACUAUGUCCUGGAGACGGCCCACCUGCUGCAGAUCUGGACGGUGGUAGACUUCUGCUGUGAGUACCUGGAGCAGGAGGUGAGCGAGGACAACUACCUGUACCUGCAGGAGCUGGCCUCCAUCUACAGCCUCAAGCGGCUUGACGCCUUCAUCGAUGGCUUCAUCCUGAACCACUUCGGCACGCUGUCCUUCACGCCCGACUUCCUGCAGAACGUCUCCAUGCAGAAGCUGUGUGUCUACCUGAGCAGCAGCGAGGUGCAGCGGGAGUGUGAGCACGACCUCCUGCAGGCCGCCCUGCAGUGGCUGACGCAGCAGCCCGAGCGCGAGGCCCACGCCCGCCAGGUGCUGGAGAACAUCCACUUCCCGCUCAUCCCCAAGAACGACCUGCUGCACCGCGUCAAGCCAGCCGUGUGCUCGCUGCUGCCCAAGGAGGCCAACUGCGAGGGCUUCAUCGAGGAGGCCGUGCGCUACCACAACAACCUGGCGGCCCAGCCCGUCAUGCAGACCAAGCGCACGGCGCUGCGCACUAAUCAGGAGCGCCUGCUGUUCGUGGGCGGCGAGGUCUCCGAGCGGUGUCUGGAGCUCAGUGACGACACCUGCUACCUGGACGCCAAGAGCGAGCAGUGGGUCAAAGAGACGCCGCUGCCCGCCCGGCGGAGCCACCACUGUGUCGCGGUGCUGGGGGGUUUCAUCUUCAUCGCCGGUGGCAGCUUCUCACGGGACAACGGAGGGGACGCGGCCUCCAAUCUUCUUUAUAGAGUUCCCGUCCACGAGGCUGACCACAUGACCAGACGAGUGUGGGGGUUCAGAGCGUCUCCAUACCCCUUUUGGGGACUCAGAGCGUCUCCAUCCCACUUUCGGGAAUUCAGAGCGUCUUGGGGAAACCUCAGGGGCUCAGAGCUCCCGCCUGAAGAAGCCCCCUUUAUUCAGGUGCAGUUUCCUUUCCCGGACAUUCUCCGGGACUGUGUGUUCCGCAGACACAUUUGGGAAAUGCAGCGCCAGAUGUUGAUGCUGUCCCGGGUUCGGGGAAGGGAAGGUACAGGUAUCUCACCUCCACAGGUGGCCUCCAUGAACCAGCGCCGUGUGGAUUUCUACCUUGCUUCCAUCGAAGACAUGCUGGUGGCCGUCGGUGGCCGGAAUGAGAAUGGAGCACUCUCUUCGGUAGAGACGUACAGUCCGAAGACCGACUCCUGGUCCUAUGUGGCCGGCUUGCCAAGAUUCACGUACGGCCACGCGGGCACCAUCUACAAAGACUUCGUGUACAUCUCUGGGGGCCACGACUACCAGAUCGGCCCCUACCGCAAGAACCUGCUGUGCUACGACCACCGGACAGACGUGUGGGAGGAGCGGCGGCCCAUGACCACAGCGCGCGGCUGGCACAGCAUGUGCAGCCUGGGCGACAGCAUCUACUCCAUCGGGGGCAGCGACGACAACAUCGAGUCCAUGGAGCGCUUCGACGUGCUGGGCGUGGAGGCCUACAGCCCGCAGUGCAACCAGUGGACCCGCGUGGCGCCACUGCUGCACGCCAACAGCGAGUCAGGCGUGGCGGUGUGGGAGGGCCGCAUCUACAUCCUGGGCGGCUACAGCUGGGAGAACACCGCCUUCUCCAAGACCGUGCAGGUGUACGACCGAGAGGCCGACAAGUGGAGCAGGGGCGUCGACCUGCCCAAGGCCAUCGCUGGUGGGUCCGCCUGUGUCUGUGCCCUGGAGCCGAGGCCAGAGGACAAGAAGAAGAAAGGCAAAGGCAAGAGGCACCAGGACCGGGGCCAGUGACCCCAGCUGCGCCUCCUGGGACCAUCCUCACCAUCCUAUCCCAGGGCUCUGUAGACCAGCAGCAACUUCUUAGUAUUCCGGAAACAUUAUGUACAACUUAGCAGCUUUUUUUACUUUUAUGAUUCUUGGUAUUUCUAUGAUAUCACAGUAACCAAUUAAAUACUCUCUGUAACUUUA